AUGUCCUUAAUUGAGUUGAUUGAAUCAAACGUGGCACAUCAUGCAAAGCCAGAAGGGAUCAAAUUUACCUAUGGUACGGCUGGGUUUCGUAUGGAUGCAAAGUACCUCGACUAUGUCAAUUACACAGUGGGGAUUUUAGCCUCACUUCGUUCCAAAUAUCUCGGCGGCAAGACUGUUGGUGUUAUGAUUACAGCAUCACAUAACCCACCUCCAGAUAAUGGUGUUAAAGUCGUUGACCCAUUGGGAAGCAUGCUUGAAAGUAAAUGGGAACACUAUGCUACUGAACUUGCAAAUUCCUCACAUGACCAAUUAGUAAGCACAGUGGAAAGAUUGAUUGAAGAAUUAAAAAUUGACUUGAACACCGAGAGUUCAAUUGUCAUUGCUCGUGACUCAAGGGAGAGUUCGGAGAGAUUGACUAAAUCUACAAUUGAUGGUUUCAAAAGUGUUCCUCGUACACAAUACAAAGAUUUUGGCUUACUAACCACACCCGAAUUGCACUACCUUACAAGAACUUAUAAUGACGACAGUUUUGGUCCUGCUAAUGAAGAUGGGUAUUAUACAAAGUUGGCCAAUUCUUUUAAGGAGAUUUUCAAAUUGUCUGAAACUCAGGACGCUAUUGAUAUAACUAUUGACGCAGCAAAUGGUGUUGGUGCCCCCAAAAUUGAAGAGCUAUUGAAAAACUAUCUUGCUCACGAAAUCAAGUUUACCGUUGUUAAUGAUGCCUACAAAAAGCCGGAUCUUUUAAACUAUGAAUGUGGUGCCGACUUUGUCAAGACCAACCAAAAAUUGCCCAAAAAUGUCGAGCCUGUUGCAGAAAGAUUGUAUGCAUCAUUCGAUGGCGAUGCGGAUAGGUUGAUUUGUUAUUACCAAACCCUGCAAGGGCAAUUUGUUCUUCUUGAUGGUGACAAGAUUGCAACAUUAAUUGCCUUGUUUUUGCAACAAUUGUUUAAAAACAUUGAUGCAGAUAAAUUAACCCUAGACAUCGGAAUUGUACAAACCGCAUACGCCAAUGGAUCUUCUUCAAAAUACGUCGAAGAGGUCUUGAAAUUACCAGUGCGUUGUACAUCGACGGGUGUUAAGCAUUUGCACCACGAAGCUGAAAAAUUUGACAUUGGUGUAUACUUUGAAGCCAACGGACAUGGCACCGUUGUUUUUAGCCCUGAGGCAGAAAAAAAAAUAUUUGCAUAUCAAGCUGCUUUAGAGAAUGACAAGGAGAAAAGGGCAAUUCGCGUUUUACAAGAGUUUAGCAAAUUGAUCAAUCAAACUGUUGGAGAUGCUAUUUCAGAUUUGUUAGUUGUAUUAAUAAUCCUCCAUUAUUUGGAUCUUACUCCAGAGAAAUGGAACCAGGCAUAUACAGACUUACCAAACAAGUUGACCAAGGUUGUAGUUCCUGACAGAACCAUAUUCCAAACCACCAAUGCCGAGAGAACAUUAGUCAAACCUGACGGAAUGCAAGCCAAGAUUGAUGAGCUCGUUUCCAAAUACCCAAAAGCUAGGUCAUUUGUUAGAGCUUCUGGUACAGAAGAUGCUGUGCGUGUAUAUGCUGAAGCAGAUACCGCGGAGCACGUUGAAGCGUUAUCCAAAGCAGUUUCAGAAUUGCUUGAUUAG